UGACGGACGCACGAACCGACCGAGCAAGGGAGGGAGCGAGCGAGACUUCGCCGGCGAGGAGGAGCCGCGCGAGCGGCGGCUGCUGGGCGCUUCCCCGCGCUGCUGGGCGCUCGGCGCCUCGGCGGCCCCCGGCCGCGGCUUCCUCGCGCGCACGCGGGGUGCGGGGCCUGGGGCUUGCUUCGCCGCCGAAGGCGUUGCUGAACUAACUCCAAGCUGGUGUAUAAGGUGUCCAAGCAGCUGCUGGCCCAAGAGCUGGCGUCACCAUGGCGGCUGGAGUUGCAGCCUGGCUGCCCUUUGCCCGGGCUGCGGCCAUUGGAUGGAUGCCAGUGGCCAACUGCCCCAUGCCCCUCGCCCCCACUGACAAAAACAAGCGGCAGGAUGAAUUGAUCAUCCUCAAUGUGAGUGGGCGCCGGUUCCAGACCUGGAGGACCACGCUGGAGCGGUACCCGGACACCCUGCUGGGCAGCACAGAGAAGGAAUUCUUCUUCAACGAGGACACCAAGGAGUACUUCUUUGACCGGGACCCAGAAGUAUUCCGCUGUGUGCUCAACUUUUACCGAACCGGGAAGCUGCACUACCCACGCUACGAGUGCAUCUCGGCCUAUGAUGAUGAGCUGGCCUUCUAUGGCAUCCUGCCGGAAAUCAUUGGGGACUGCUGCUAUGAGGAGUACAAAGAUCGCAAGCGGGAGAACGCUGAGCGCCUCAUGGAUGACAAUGACUCAGAAAACAACCAGGAGUCCAUGCCCUCGCUCAGCUUCCGCCAGACCAUGUGGCGGGCCUUUGAGAACCCCCACACCAGCACCCUGGCGUUGGUCUUCUACUAUGUGACUGGAUUCUUCAUUGCUGUCUCGGUCAUCACUAAUGUGGUGGAGACAGUGCCAUGUGGCACGGUGCCAGGAAGCAAGGAGCUGCCCUGUGGGGAGCGCUACUCGGUGGCCUUCUUUUGCCUGGACACAGCCUGUGUCAUGAUCUUCACCGUGGAAUACCUCCUUCGGCUCUUUGCAGCACCCAGCCGCUACCGCUUCAUCCGCAGUGUGAUGAGCAUCAUUGAUGUGGUGGCCAUCAUGCCCUAUUAUAUCGGCCUGGUCAUGACCAACAAUGAGGAUGUGUCUGGGGCCUUUGUCACGCUCCGGGUCUUCCGAGUGUUCAGGAUCUUCAAGUUUUCUCGCCAUUCCCAGGGUCUGCGGAUCCUGGGCUAUACCUUGAAGAGUUGUGCCUCUGAAUUGGGCUUUCUGCUCUUCUCCCUCACCAUGGCCAUCAUCAUCUUUGCCACUGUGAUGUUUUAUGCCGAGAAGGGCUCCUCUGCCAGCAAGUUCACAAGCAUCCCAGCCUCCUUCUGGUACACCAUUGUCACCAUGACCACACUGGGAUAUGGAGACAUGGUGCCUAAAACAAUUGCAGGAAAGAUCUUUGGCUCCAUCUGUUCCCUGAGUGGCGUCCUGGUCAUUGCCCUGCCAGUCCCUGUGAUUGUUUCCAACUUUAGCAGGAUUUACCACCAGAAUCAGAGAGCUGAUAAACGCAGAGCACAAAAGAAGGCCCGCCUUGCCAGGAUCCGUGUGGCCAAAACAGGAAGCUCCAAUGCCUACCUGCACAGCAAGCGAAAUGGGCUCCUCAAUGAAGCACUGGAGCUAACGGGCACGCCAGAAGAGGAGCACAUGGGCAAGACCACCUCACUUAUUGAGAGUCAGCAUCAUCACUUGCUGCACUGUCUGGAAAAGACCACUGGGUUGUCCUAUCUUGUGGAUGAUCCCCUGUUAUCUGUACGAACCUCCAUCAUCAAGAACCACGAGUUUAUUGAUGAACAAAUGUUUGAGCAGAACUGCAUGGAGAGCUCAAUGCAAAACUACCCAUCCACACGAAGUCCCUCACUGUCCAGCCACCCAGGCCUCACUACCACCUGCUGCUCCCGUCGCAGUAAGAAGACCACACACCUGCCCAAUUCUAACCUGCCAGCUACUCGCCUGCGCAGCAUGCAAGAGCUCAGCACGAUUCACAUCCAGGGCAGUGAGCAGCCCUCCCUCACUACCAGUCGUUCCAGCCUUAAUUUGAAAGCAGACGACGGACUGAGACCAAACUGCAAAACAUCCCAGAUCACCACAGCUAUCAUCAGCAUUCCCACACCCCCAGCAUUAACCCCAGAGGGGGAAAGUCGGCCACCGCCUGCCAGCCCAGGCCCCAACACGAACAUUCCUUCCAUAGCCAGCAAUGUUGUCAAGGUCUCUGCCUUGUAAAACUAUUGGACAGAGGGCAGGGGUAGUGGGGAGUAAAAGGGGCCUGGCAUGUUGGUGGGACCACUCCUUCCCCUUUCCUCACAGUUUCUGCCUGGCCAUGGCACCCCUAGCACUGCGACUUGUGCCUGGAAAGGAAAAGAGAUAGCAAGGGCACCUGAGGUUCCCACUGCUGGCAUGGACACUGCCCUGUGAUACUGCUUCUCACUGGGGCCAGAUAGAAGGGAGGGAGGGGGGUAGGGGAUGGGUCAGUAGCAGGUAUAGGCUGCCUGCCAGGACAGGGCCUAGAGGGGGGCCUCAGACCAAAUAAUUGUUUCUGGAGACUCCAGUGAGGAAAACACAAGACCAAGAGCAGCACAGAGGCCAAGUCGUCACGUGCAAAACAGGAAGAAAAUAUAACACUGUGUAUUUAAGCACCUUUUCAAGGCUUUUAAUGGAUAAUAUUUAUUCAUGGGAAAAGGUGGAAAACAAAAAUACCAACGGAUUUUUGUGAAGUUUUUCUCCAUGGACCCAGCACCUUUGAACCAAAACAAUGCAUUUUGUGAGUUGUUUCUUCUUCUUUCUUCUUAUUCUUCCUCCCUUCUCUCUCUCACUCUCUCUGUCUUUCUCUGUCUCUCUCUGUCUCUGUCUCUCUCUCACUCUCUCUCUCUUUCUCUGUCUCUCUCUCUGUCUCUCCCUCUCUCUCUCUCUCUCUCUCUCUCUCUCUCUCUCUCUCUCUCUCUCUCUCUCUCUCUUGUCUCUCGCUCUCUCUUUCUGUAGCAGACGCUUUUAGGCUCAAAGUCAGUUACAGCUGAGUAAAGUCAGUUACAGCUGAGUUCUCUCUCCAUCCCCCCCAGGUGGGUGAGGUCAACAGCCUGGGCCCUCGCUGCCCAACUGACCUGCACAGAGCUGCCAGGUGACCACACUGCAGCCCUUACACUCUGUGUGUCUCCAUGUCCUUUGUUUCUCCAUGUACCUCUCUGCUUCCCCCUGGCUGUUUCCUUGUACCCAACCAUUCAUCUCUACAUGGAUCCAGUGAUCCUGAUACAUGCUAGUACAGCCUUCUCCAUCACUGCCAAGUACUAGAGACUUAUGCCAAGUACUGAGACUUAGCUGAGAGAAGGAAAAUGCAGAAGAGAAUGGAGCAGAAAGGGGGAGAGCUUAGGGGUAAAGAAACUCCACUUUGUGAACAAAGAUGCUUCUCUGUGACUAAAACCACUGGUGUGUACUGUUUCCAUUUCUGGGAAGAAAGAGAAUGGACAGAUUUAUACUGGGAUCAUGAAAAAAGGAAAUAGCAACUCCUGAAAAGCUGUCACCUCUAGUAUGCACCAGUAAAGAGGAUAGAACCCAGGGCUCAUAGCUGCAGCGGCCCUAGGGAACUCUGUUAUAUACCCUCUUUCAGGAUCUACUGUAAAGCCCAUCCAGGACCCUGGUAAAAGACCCUAGGUGCAGUUUCUUCCAGAGAGGAUGGUGGGAUGGAACUAUGAGUCCCCCCGACUUAUCUCUCACCUGAGGCAAUUCCCAUGUGGAGGUUAUAGAAGGUUAAACCUGAGUGUUUCAUGAAGAAUAUUUCAAAGCAUGAAAGCAAGUCAGAUUCUAGAUGACUUUUACCUGGUCUGAAAGAUGACUUAAAGUCUGAAGUGUCUUGAGAACUGAUCUUUGAAGGUAGCUUACAUAGGGGAUAACCAGAUCACUUCUGUGAAAGUGAGAGUAAAGAUUAUUUUUAUUUCAGUAGCGUGCACCAUGGUGGCCUAGGAAUGAAAUUUCUGGAAAUCUAACCAUUUUCAUUGCUUAUGGCAGAGAAAGUGGGCCACAAGGUUAGGGAUAAGCCCUUUCCUGUCUCCCCCAACCCCCAGGUACCCUACUGCAAUCUCUGUAGACUGGGCUCUUGAUAUACAUGAGCUCCCAGAGCUCCUUUUCCAUUUUACAACUUAGUGGUUAGCUGUUAAAUUGUAGGCCAGGAAUUUCUCUGCCUACCACAGCCAUGUAGAUGAGUUAUACUAGCCAGGAACCUAAAAACACCCUUAGCUGGCUUCCCAAGGACCCCAGCUCAAGUGACCCUGAGGCAGAAAAAGAGGGUUUUGAGAUGACACCUUAAAGGAAAGCUUGCCAAAGGGCAGAGGAGAGGGAGCAGUCUUUCUAUCUUCAUCUCCUUGUGCUAAUCUUCAUUGGCCACUGACAGUCCUAUCUCUGGAUCUAGCCUUAAGAAUUUCCCCUUAACAUAGGAAUGGGACAGUUGUUGCAUUCUGAGCCUUGGUCAAAGAAAGCAUAAAAGCAUUACAACUAUAGAAGAACAUGUGUGUACACACACACACACACACACACACAACCUAAAUAUUAUCUCAGAAUAACUACUUAAAUCCAUUCGCUUCACACUUAUCAGGAAAGUCAGAGAACUUAGUUGGACUUCAUUAGGGGGGUAAACAAAGGACUUUCCUAGGAAAGGAUCUUGUUUUUGAAAACACAAGAAAUGGAACCAAGUUAGCAAUGCAUAAUUACCUUGAAGUCAUACAUCAUAAUUAAAUGACAAGGGACAAAUAGGUUUAAAACAUGGUUGCAUAUACAUACAAACUGCCUAUGCUUCAUUUAAGAACAGAUCCUUACUAGGUUAGAAUAAUAUUUGAUUCAAUCAGUGAUCUACAUGUUACUAUGACAGUGCACCAAGGGAGCACAUUAGUAGUCCUCACAAAAAUUAAUAUAUUUUUAAAAAUUACGUCCCAAACAAUUCUCCACACUUUUUAUUGACUCUCAUGGACCGUUUAUUGCUUCAGUUAUAUUUCCAAAGCCCACAUUAUGCCAAGUUUUUGUUGUUGGUGGUUUAAGGAUUCAUUAUGUAGGUCCAGCUUGACCUCAAACUCGAGGUCUCCUCGCUCAGCCUCUGGAAUGCUGGGAUUACAGAUGUAUUUUACCAUGUCCAACAUUCCAGUUCUUAAAAAAGAUUAUCCCAUUCAUCUCUUUCCCUCAUUCUAGCGUUAACCAGGAAUAAGGAACCCAGCUCACCUCUGACCUAAAAGAUUUCAAACCAGAAAAAUGCUCACCUACACAAUAAAAUGCAGCCUAACUACACUGCUAAAAGGUAUUUAUAGGUCCAAAGUGUGCUGAGUCAGUUGAAUAAACUCACUGGCUAGUAAACAAAGAAAGAAGAGAACAGUUUUCUCAGGCCAUCUCUGGUGUGGUGACUUGAGCUUCAUGCAGCUCAUGAACAACUUUUAACAAAACAGGUUUCCACAAUCAUUUAUCCUAUUCAAACCCACUCAACAUUGUGUAUUGGUAGAGUUUAAAAAACACAAAGACAAAUGAAAAACGUAACAAGCUACAUUCAAAUUUAAAAUGGAAACUCAGAAAAUACGAUAUUGACACUACCAGACCUAGACGAUAAUAAAGAAUAUCUAAUUCACUCGACAGUAUAGAAAGCUGAGGCCCAGAGAAAUUCAGUGACUUGUUCAGUCAUGCAAAUCAUUUAUUGACAGAGCUGGGAUCAGAACACAUCCUUUGGUUAUUACCCAGUGUUUUCCCCACCAUAUGCAUUGUCCCUCAGAGUUAAUCUUUGGAGAAGAGUCAUCAAAGACCCCAUGCUACAGGUUGAGACAGUCAUGUAAAUGACACAGCCCUUAGAAAUCACUUGCUUACACUAAUACAGGCUGUCUCUUGGAAACCACCAUUUCCUGGGUAGAAUUGGACAUGGACUAUCAAUUCCAUUAGAAAUAGGUAAACAAGUGAAUGGUCAAGUUUUUGCAGCCAAAUACUAUCUAAGAGAAGGGUAGGGGAAUGACAGUCCAAGCAUAGCUUCCUUUUUAUCCUGAUUACAGUCUGUGAGGGUAGUAGUUCACAUAACAAAUCCUUGAGUCAAAGAAAUGGGCACAAAACAGCUGAAUGACUUGUCCAAGUUCAAGUAGCAGGUUGAUAGCAAGUUCAGUCCAGAACUUUGUCUUGUCCUGGGUUUUUUUUUCCAUUUUGUGUUCCAUUGCUGAGUCUAUUUUUAAAAGGUGGUGAUUAAGGAAAGGAAGCAUUCCUUUCAGAACCACCCUGAAGAACCAGGACAUCCAGAAGCAAAAUAUUAUUUCUCUCUCAUCUACUACAUUUCUAACUAUUGUCAAGCUCAGGACUAACUAUACAGAACACCUUUCAAAAGACCAAUAAGUAUUCUUAGACAGUUGUAUACAUUAGUCUGCAGUCACACAGAAUCUGAAGAGUGAACAGUUAACCAAAAAAAUCAACAUGUGAAUAUGCUGAGGAUUUUAUCCAGUUUUUCCCACAGUACAGAAUUACUUGUUAGAAUAAGUAAGGGGAAGUACACAUUGUAACAUUAUGUAUCUAGAUUUGUCUUUUUUGAUUCUGAAGCAGUAGUGGUUAAAAUUGACUAACACUAGAUUUGAGGUCAUUAAUGGAUUCAUGAUCCAAGCUCCCUCACUACAAUUACCAAUUACCAGGCAAAAGGUUCCCAACACUGUUAAUUUAAAGCAGUAUUAGUUUCUUUUGUAUACUAGUUGGUAUAGUGACCAUAACAAGAACUUGAGAAACUUUUAUUUUCCCCAGUUUCCUAAUGAAUUCUCAUUAUUUGCAAAGCUUUAAAAUGAAGGAAAAAGCAUAAUGACCUAUGACCCCUGGAGCCCAAACAGCAUAAUGAAGGGCAUCAUUAGAACUAAGAGAAAGCAGCUAUCAGAAAACAAAACACUUUUGAGUUCCUUGAGUCUUGUUUUCUAUCCAGGAUGUUCUAUGUUUUUUUCUUCAUCAAAUGUGGGAAUGACAUUUAUCUUAGCAGGUUACUUAACUACACUGGCUAAUGUCACCCUAGCCAGGGUAGAGCACUAACCCAAGUCCUGAGGAGCUUCUUGGACCAAGAGACUAUUUUACAAACCUGGGAAGUGGGAGGGAUGGUUGGUAUAUUUUUGAUAAUCAGACAUUCCAAUGUUUUCCCUAGAAGUCAUACUCUCCCAUUAAUGUUAUUGUGAAAAAUACCAAGUGUGUUAUUUUCUAUUUUCAUAUUUUAAUAAAUGGGCUUUGCUUACCAACAUCACAAUGGCAAAGAAGAAAUCUACUGUACAAAACUGCAGGAAGAUAAACGUGAAAACUUUCUAUGGAAAAAAAAAACCCUUAAGUUUCCUGUUGUCUUCUUUUGAAACUGUAGUGCAUAUGUUAAAACAUCUAUAUCAUUUAUAGUAUUGAGUCAUGUGCCACUGCUGAACCUUAUGUAUCCAAUCUGGAUUAAACUAUGUGCCACAAACCCUAAAA